GGUUUUUCUCUCCCCAGCUUCAUCUCUGCCUACUGUCUGACCUGCUCUGCUUCAAGAAAGGCACCAUGCUGCUCUGGAUGGUUCUACUGCUCUGUGUUUCCAUGACUGAAGCCCAAGAGUUGUUCCAGGAUCCUGUGCUGAGUCGUCUCAACUCUUCAGAGACAUCAGAUCUGCUCCUGAAGUGUACAACCAAGGUGGACCCCAACAAGCCAGCUUCUGAGCUCUUUUACUCUUUCUACAAGGACAACCACAUCAUUCAGAACAGGAGUCACAACCCACUAUUUUUCAUCUCAGAAGCCAAUGAGGAAAACUCUGGGCUUUACCAGUGUGUGGUGGACGCUAAGGAUGGCACAAUUCAGAAAAAGAGUGACUAUCUGGAUAUCGACCUCUGCACUUCUGUAUCCCAACCUGUGCUGACUCUGCAACACGAAGCCACUAACCUUGCUGAAGGAGACAAAGUGAAGUUUCUUUGUGAGACCCAGCUGGGCUCCCUUCCUAUCCUUUACUCAUUCUACAUGGAUGGAGAGAUCCUAGGGGAACCUCUGGCUCCCUCUGGCAGAGCUGCCUCCCUCCUCAUCUCAGUGAAGGCAGAGUGGAGUGGCAAGAACUACUCCUGUCAAGCUGAAAACAAAGUCUCCAGAGAUAUAAGUGAGCCCAAGAAGUUCCCCUUGGUUGUCUCAGGUACUGCCUCGAUGAAGAGCACCACGAUGGUUAUCUGGCUACCUGUAAGCUGCUUGGUGGGAUGGCCAUGGCUGCUGCGGUUCUGAUUUAGUUCUUCAAGCCCUGCAAAAAAAAAAAACAUGGUAUGAAAAUAAGAGGCUGCUUAUCACAGCAGGUGAUUGUGAUUUGCCGUCUGCACUAGCAAGGACAUGAUUCUUGCCAAUUGUAGAUAAUCUAAUUUAGGGGACUCUGGAGAGGGUAUGAAUGACAGAGCCUAGAGAGGGAUUAGGGGCGCUAUGAAGAAGGAUGCUGCUGCUGCUGCUGGUCUUCUUGCUCCUGGUGGCUGUUGUUAAGGAUUGUCAUGUGGUCGUGUUCAAGAGAAGAAGUCGGAGACAUGACUAUGAAGAUUGGACUUGCUUCAAGGAACCCAAUGCCCCAAAUCAGCAGAAAGUAGUAUAAAAAAGGUCUAUGCCCCCCUUUCCCCUCUAGCCUUCUUUCUCUCCUAACUAGUGUUUGUGAGUUGGAAUUGGGGUGGAAAAGGGUUUGGAGGGGAGGCGGAGUUAUAAGAACCUAAUAAAGUAGCUUUCAAAAUAUCUCAAAA